AUGCAUUUUCAUUUGUAACAGAACUUAUGGCCAGACUAGUUAUAAUUUAAUAAAUAGUAACGCGAUAGAGAUAAUACUUUAUCCUAUCUGUUUAAAUACCUUAAUUCACAUCAUUUGUGUUUCUGUAAAGAUUCAUUAGGUGUUGGCCAUAAAAUACUCGUAGAAUAUGGAUAAUAUUAGUUUAAAAUAUUACUAAAGUACCGUGUUGGGUUAAACAUAUGUUUUGAUAACAUUAUUAUGUCUAUUUUAUAAUAAUAAGUACCGUCUAUAUUGCAUUUAUUGUUUUAUUACACAUUUACUUAUUAUGAUUAUAGGCAUUGUUUAAAGUAAUUUAAAUAGUAUUGGAAAUUUUCCCUUCUCGUGUAAGAUUUUAUUCUGGCAUAGGACUUUGUGAUUUGUCUAACUUAUAGUCUUUGGUUCAACGUCAAAUAUUAAAAUAACAUCUGUCAACGACUACUGUACAAAAGUUAACUGUCUCUACUGUCUACAAUCCGCUUUCAAAAGUCAAAAUACAAGUAAAUGGAAAUAAAUAUAUUUAAUGUUUUUAUUGAAAUAAAAAUAUUGCAUUGUGAUGUUUUUAUGCAACGAUAUAAUCCUAUGAAGCCCAUUCAAUUCUAAAUUAAAAAAUCAACUGCUUUGGUAAAGUUCAUGUGUUAGAUGGUGAGAAAACAGAAGUGGUUUAACUUUCAUCUACUAAAGCAAACCAAAGAAAUGUUUUGACUCAUCAAUAAUUAUAAUUUGAAGUUUUUUAAUGAACAAAAUAAAGCUGAUAACUAAUCACAAUGAAUCCGUAUAAGGAUUUGGAAGAUAAUUCAUUUUCUGCGGCUCCUCAUCUUGCUUACGAGGAUAUCGCAACUAAAUUGUUAAAAGAUCACUUCUUUUUGACGGCGUUAGAACUUCACACGGAGUUGGUUGAAAGUGGGAAAGAACUUCCGCAGUUACGAGAAUUUUUUUCGAACCCUGGAAAUUUUGAACAACAUGUUUCAAGAGCAUCAGAAAUGAAUUCCAUGUAUCGUACACCUAGCCUAGCAACACUAGAUUCUCUGGAUACAGCAAGAUAUUCAGAAGAUGGCGGUGGUGAUAGAGCAGGAAGUGGUGGUGAUAUAGCUGUUCUAGAGUUUGAGUUAAGAAAAGCAAAAGAAACCAUCAAUUCACUAAGAGCAAACCUUACUCAGUUUGCCGAUGGGGAGUCAACAUUAGAUAAAAGUGUAAAAGAUAACUUUAAUCAAAAAUCACUUAAGCCACAUGAAAAAAGAGCUCUUAACUUUUUGAUAAAUGAGUACUUGUUACUUCAAGAUUACAAAUUGACGAGUAUAACAUUUUCAGAUGAAAAUCCUGAUCAGGAAUUUGAAGAUUGGGAUGAUGUUGGCUUAAACAUGCCCAGGCCACCUGGUUUAAUACCUUUAUUUAGGGGCAGUAAUACUAUAUUGAAUCCACCUAAAUGCGAUGCUGCCACACAGUAUGACAGUGAUUAUUUUUCUGAUGCCGAGUGUCAGACAGAAGGCGAUGAAAAUAUUUGUGUCAGUUGUCAGACCUCUUUUGAACAUGAAACUGAUUUGAAUCAUGAGUUACUCAUACAAGCUGAAGAAAUAAAUCUAUUGAAACAAAAAAUAAUCGCAUUAGAAACUGAAAAAUUAAAUUUCCAAAAAUUAUAUGACGCUGCUGUUGUGAGUCUGAAUUCGUUAACAAGUCCAAUAUCGGAGAAACAAAGUAUAGAACUUCAAAUUCCAAGUGAAAAGCUAAAUUUGAUAAGAGAUCCUGAAGAUCAGAGACCCAUCACUUGUAUGGCAUCUGAGAACCAUUAUGGCAGCAGUAAUUCGACGCAUAGCGCAACGCCCGAUCAGUUUGAAAUGAUCGAAAACGAAAAACAUUGUUCAUCGAUUAAGAAAGAAGGUUCUAAUACAAGUUCUUUCGAGCCAGCAAUGGUCGAUAAUAGCGGGAGACCCACCCCAACCCGUAGAGGUAGCGUGAACACAUUGGAUGAUACACUCAGUAUGAAUGAUGCAGAAUGGACGCGGCUGCAUUAUGAAUAUAAUGUCCUGGAUAGCUCAAAGGAAAUGUGGAUUGACAGCGCGAUACCAAAUAGCUUAAAAGAGUCAUUAUUAAACUGGUGCAAUGAAUCGCUUGAAGUCAAUGAACCACUCUCGAACGAUCUUCUGACAGAUUUAGUGAACAAUGAGAAACCUGUGGUGUUGCCAGCGCUGUUGCAACUCGUUGCUGAUACAUUACCGAGGAUUCUUCCGCACAUAUUAAUAGGCCGCCGGAGUGAGUCCGCUGCAUUAUUAUCUGCUGCGAUAAUUCUUCUGCCACCCGCAGAUACGAGAAGGGCAAAAUUGAUACAUACCCUUCUUACGCUAUUUAAAAAACCCGACCCGCCGGACGCAAAGAUUAUAUGUGAAGCUACCUGUCUCAUAGUAAAAUGGGGUGGGAGCGGCGAAGUACUAUCCUCUAUAGCUGAACUUUUAGCCUCUAGAUCAACUGAACGUCGAGUUUUGGCAAGUCAAAUAUGCUUGGCCAUUGCCCCAUACGUCCCUAUAGAACUCUGUACCUCUCUACUCCUGAGUUUAGUUGGACUUAUGUGCGAAUCUACUGAAAUCGAAAUACGAUCUUUGGGCUUAAAAGCAGCGUGCUUGAUUUGCCCUAUAGCGGAACAUAAGUAUGGGCAGUUGGAGAAUAUUUUGUUCAGUUUUCUAAAGGAUCCGGUGGAUUUAAUUGUUAAGGAUACAGUGAGGGUGUAUGUUCCGGUGCUGGCCCGGACUUCGCUCAUAGCUGGAAAAUUCUCGUCGUCGCUAUAUACCCGUAUAAUUUCGAAUUUAGUGAAAUCUACAAACGAUGGUGAAUGGAAAGAUGCCCUUCUAUACUUAAACAUACUAAGAUCCCUAGUGUUGGCGAAAUUAGUAUAUGUUAUUAACGUACAAAUAGUUAAAGAUAUAAUAAAAAUGGACUGUGAUAAUUUGCAAGAAGUAUUAUUGUGCGAGGAUAGCUUUAUGGAUGUACAGUGUUAUGUGAGUGAGAGAGAUGCAAAGUCAUUGUUGGUGGCUGUGAAUUCGCUCUUAAAAGAGAAUUCCGAUGUUAGAUGGACUGAGUUGGAGUGGUUUAUAAAUGCAGUAAAGCAAAUACUAGAAAUUACGACAUCAAACAAAAUACUAAAUCAUUCGGCAGUUUAUGAAGUUUUAAUAAGUUUAUUUAGUAGUUACGUGUACAAUUUCGGCGUUCGCUUCACCAGUGAAAUAUUGAAGCCGAUAUUUUUUAAUACAAUUAAUGAAUUGGAAAACAAAUUGGAGAAAUUACAUACAGUUAAUGUUGACAGCUGUGUUGUUGUUGGAAUAUAUUUAGUUACAAUUUUAACUACGACAGAGAGUUCGCAACAAGAGGAAUUCUUGCAAAAAUGGGUCACCUACAGCAGCAUACGAAGUCUUCCAGCAAAAGUUCUAUCAAUACCGCUAAAAUGGCUCUCCAAGCACCGACCAGACGUUUUAGACUUUUAUUUGCAGUGCCUUCAAAAAUUUUCAGCGACAUCUAGCGCAAGUAUUCGGACUUUUACCGCGUCUCUUCUAAGUGAGCUACUUAAUACGAGUACCGUCAGUGACGCUUGCCUCGAAGCACGGAUGUUGCCAACAAUCACUGCGUUGCUAUAUGAUGAGGACACAUCAGUACGCGAAGCAGCAAUAACUGCAUGGGGGAGUGUCGCUCGGAGCUGCGUUGUUCGAGGUCUUUCAGAAUCUAGUGCGUCCAUACAUUCCCUGUGCUGGCCUCCGUUCGAAGAAUUGUUCAAUACCCGGCCCUUGACAAGUCGGGAGAGUGCGAAAGCGGCGGAAGCUUUAACACUUCUAGUACUGCCUACAGUGGAAAGUCAUGCGGUGUCGGAAAAAGCUGUAUCGUUACUCUGCGGUCUCUGCUAUCGGCAGCUAUCCGCCGAGUGCUUAUCCGCACUAACGCCAGGGUUACAACUCGCCGUGCACCACUGUUCGCAUCAUCCUGCAUUGUUACCGGCAUUACGCAAACUUGACGAAACCGUCCAAUCACAAUCGUCGUUAACGCAGUUCAAGCCCGCAAUAGAAGCCUUGCUUCAUGUGGUGAGCAAUGAACCGAUUCCCUCGCCUCGUCCGGCCUCGAACCUGCACACAGCACAGGAAGUGGGCAGGCGCAUGACGCAGAUGUUCCAACACUCGAAAACUAAUAUCAAUAUACCAAAUAUAUUCAAAAAGAAGACGUAGUUAUGUCAUUUUUGACAUCUGUCAACUUUGGGGCUGUCAAUUAAUCACAUGAUUUUUUUUUUAAUAUUUAACCCCUC